UUUUUCGGUAUUUGUACUAUAAAUUAAUGGUUGUACACUAAUCGUAAUCUGCGUGAAAUAUAUCGGCACGUACGAGUCCGACCGGUUCGCAAAUGUGUUUCUAAUUUAUUUACGGAGGAGUGUUUGAAUGAAAUUUUGUGUCUAAGUUACGUACGGCGUUCAAAUAUGUUUUAAAAACUUUUUUUACUCAUAUUGCGCAUUUUUCGCAUGUUUUUAUUUAAAUUAUUUUUUUAGAAUUGAGCUUGCCUGCGUUCGUGAAUAGAUAAAUAAUAAAAUUAGAAAAAUACUAGUUUCAGCAGUUAGUGUAAUUAGUAAAAUUUGUGAGAAGCCACUUUAAAAAUGGCGGCUUCAAGAGAUCACAGCGAUGUCUCCAGUGAAGGUAGAGAUGAAUUUUGUUGUCCACUUUGUUUGGACAUCUUUGAGACCCCUGUUCUCAUUGACUGUGGCAGCAAACAUGUGUUCUGUAGCAAAUGCAUCUACAUGUAUACAGACAAAUCAAUGACCAACCACUGCCCGAUAUGCAGGCAGGUCUUCAACCUCAACAACUCCCGCUUAGAAGGCUAUCUCUUUAAUGCUCUUAAAACGUGCAAAACUUUGUGUGAAGGCUGUAGAAAAAUGUUCAUCUUGUCGGCUUUCAAAGAACACAGGGAAGUUUGUGUGGAGGCUAAAAAUAGAGAAGCUGAACAAGUAGAAAAGUUAAAAAUUAACUCACCAAUACAUAACGCACCGAACCGACACACAUUCAAGUGUCCGUACUGUCACUACUCGCACCUGGACACACUGGAUCUCGUGAAGCACUGCAACGAAGCUCACGCCAACGAACGAACGCCCGUGGUCUGCCCGGUUUGCGUUUCGAUGCCCUGGGGCGACCCUAACUUUAAGAGUAUCAAUUUCAUACAGCACCUCAACGUCAGGCACCGAUUUGAGUAUGACACAUACGUGGACUACAAGCAAGACGAUGACGCCAUGAUGCAAGCGGCCAUCGAGGCUUCAUUGCAAGACAAUAAGGAGACGAAAUAGCUUAAUUAAUUAUUCAAUUAAUUGAUUUAUUAACGAUUAAUUGAUUGAUUGAUUUAGUUGAAUCAAUCAAUCAAUGAGAUAUCUAAUCGCUGGUAGUCACUUUUCAAAUGUUAUCAAGUAAAUACAAUUAGUUAAUAACCACGAUUAUUUGAAUUAUUAAUUAAUAUUAUGAAUAAUUAAAUAUUAUUUUAUCAAGUCUGUAUACGUGUAUAUCUUUACUUAUUGUUAUUCAAAAUUUGACAUUGACCGGCAUCACGAUAGUACGUUUUAUUUAUUUAUUAGGCCAUUUUUGCAUUGAUGUGUGCGUGCGUGCGUGUUUAUAUAUAGGUUGUGGUGAAUAUUAUUAAUAAAAACACCUAUGUCGAUAUCGAUACUAAUAUUUUUUGGAUUUUAUCUCGUUCAAUCGCUUGUUCGUAUAAAUAUAUUUUAUUAUGUUAACUUAUUUGUGCGUAUGUGUGUGUGCUUAUAUUAACGCUUGCCGAUAAAUUUAUUUACAUUUUUUGUGAAAAAUUCUUAAAUACUUUAACGAAAA